AUGAAACUGCCCGCUUUGGGCACUGUGCUCCUGGGCACAGGCCUAGAGGCAGCAAAGGUUUCCGAAACCACUUGUCGGAAUAUUAACGACUGUGGAUUCUUACAAGCAAGUUGCGAUACCAAUGUCGGAUGUUUCGAAUAUGCCCUUCAAAUUUCAGAUGAGAAUCCUUGCUAUUGCACUUGUAACGAUGGUUUCGUGGAGAACGACGACGCACAAACUAUAAAUGGAGUCAGCUACGACAGCACUUGCAAGUUUGAAACUGCCUGCGAUCGACACAAAGAAACAUUGACUGGGGGAGACUGUGGCGUGCAUGCCUUUUGUGAUGAAAGUACAGGAAGCGCGCAGUGCCAUUGUGAAAACGGCUUUGUCAACUGGGAGGACGGUGUUGGAUGUGUUAGGGAUAACCCGUGCCUUGGUGUGACCUGCUCAACAAGCGGCAGUGAUUGCUUCGACGACAACGGAGAAGCAAAGUGCAUCUGCAGCGACAACACGGACGCUUACGUUCUCACAGAUGGUACAUGGUCUGAAUCCGCCACUGGAAUUUUUGCUACGGACGCGACAGACGUCACUUGCCGACCGAGUACGGGGUGUAUCGAUGUCACAUGCGGAGACAACCAACACUGCGCCUUCGGAAAAGACUCUGAUGACCUACCAGUGAAUUAUUGUGUGUGUGAUCGUGGUUUCGUGAGCAUCAACGAUACUUCUAAUAAGGAUUUUUAUCAAUCAGAAAAUAUUCUGAAUUUCUUUAAUGAAACGUCAAAGGUUGUGUAUGAUGGAUCUGUUCCAGACAUGGUAUGCGAGAACCUUGACGAAUGUAGUUCACAUUUGUUCAAUUCGUGCAAAGUCGGACAGCGAUGUCUCGACUCUCAUGGAACGUACUCGUGCACUUGCGACCGCGGAUAUGUCACAAAUCCAGACGACGAAGAAGAUUGCGUCUGCGACGGCCCCGACCAUUUGGGUGACCGCUGUGUGCGUAUGCCCGAGUUUACAACUUGUGAUUUAACGGAAGCGACGAUUUUCUGUCAUCCAAAACGAAUUUCCGCUCAUUUUCCGAAGUGCGCCUUUGAAGACGCAAAGAUCCCAGAUCUCUUUCUUUCAGCAGACGACAGCGUAACCUCGGCUUCUGAUAAUCCGGCCCGAUGCCAGCCUUUCGUGAAUUAUGACAACGACACUGUCACAUUUGUCAUUGACGACGAUCUCACAGGCUGCGGAAUGGCUCAUGAAGACAAUGGCACACACUUGAUCUACCAGAAUGCCCUUCACAGCGAGCAUAAAGAGCACAUUGGGAUUAUCGAGCGAACAACUGAAACAAUUGUCGACUUCGGAUGUAUUUUCCCGGAGACACUCGUUGUAAGCAUAGAACAAGGCAUCAACGUCAUCUCAAGCUCAGUUGAUGUUGUGCUUGCGGAAAAGAAAGGCAGCGUCACCUUGAAGAUGGAUGCUUACGAAGAUGAAUUUUUCCAGACUCCAAUCACUGUCGACUCCGUUCUCUUUACUCCAGCUCCGUUUUACAUUCGAGUUUGGCUUCAUGAGGACUCGAAUUUUGUUGUCACCCUCGAUCGAUGCUGGGCAACAGCGGACGCAGCUGCGGAUUCAUCACCAUCGUUUGACUUUAUAACUGGUGGAUGUGGAGAUGAAGGGGAGAUUGAAGAUGACGACCUUGAAAUCAUUUCAAAUGGAGUCAACCCAAUUUCCAUCUUCAGGAUCAAUUCUUUCACGUGGACAGACUCUCCCGAUUCAACUGUUCAUCUUCACUGUGAUGUCCAUCUCUGCGACCCAACCGCUGAAGAGUGUCAGCCAACCUGUGGCACCGGAGCUCGUCGUCGUCGAAGAACCGCCACCGAUGAUCCUUCCAACACAACUCAUCGCAUGUCUUCUGGCCCAAUCUACAUCCAGCGACACUUGUAA